AUUCUUCUUCUCUUUUGUAAGAUAUAGUACUUUUCUUUACAAAGAAGUUUAGAUUGACCCUAUUCUCCAUAACUGCAGGUAAAGAAGAAAAGAAGAUGAUCGAGGUGAAACAAAUUGAUAGGAAAAACAAUAAUUUUGCAUACAGCUUCUGUGAUCAUGUGAAAAUGGGGACGAAGUUUUCAGAGACAGUGAAGGGGAAGUUGAGUUUGGGGGCAAGAAUUAUUCAACAAGGAGGGAGGGAAAAUAUUUUCAAGCAAGUGUUUGGAUUGGGAGAAAACGAAGAAUUAUUGAAGGCUUCACAAUGUUAUUUAUCAACAACUUCUGGUCCUAUUGCUGGAUUGUUAUUUAUUUCUACUGAGAAAGUUGCAUUUUGCAGUGAAAGAUCCAUUACUUUCUCUUCCUCUGAUGGCCAAUUAAUUAAUUCUCCGUACAAGGUUAUGAUACCCAUAAGGAAGAUAAAGAAUGUUCAUGAAAGUGAGAACUUGAACAAGCCAGAGAAGAAAUACAUAGAAAUUGUGACAGUGGAUGACUUUGAGUUUUGGUUUAUGGGUUUCUUGCGCUAUGAAAAAGCUUUCCGAAAUCUUCAGAAGGCCAUUGCCAAGGCCAAUCAAAUUGUAAGGUAAAUUAAACUCAAGAAACAAAGUUCAAUGAGCAAGAAGGAAUUUCCCAGGUGCAUUACUGAAAAAACUUUUAUUGAAAGGAUCUUCAACUUCAAGCCUCCUUGAACAUGA